GGAAAUUCGGCGACUCCUGGGAUGCACCUUUGGAUGUUCUACAACUUCUUAUGGACGAUCCUGAAAUAGCUCCAGAUUUCGAUCCAAAUCAUGUAAAUUAUAACAUGAUCGUUGACAUAAUUGGUGUAUUUGCAUUUGCUUCUAUGUCAACUACGUCUACCUCGGCUGCCUAUGCUUUAGUCGAGCUAGCAAAAAGAAAGAAGGAUUAUUGGAAAGAAUUAUAUCAGGAGGCUCAAGAAAUUAAUAAACAUUUGUCACGUCGAUGUCUUUCUGAAACUUAUACGUUUGCGAAUGGAUUUCAAGUUCCACGCGGUCGUCAAGUCCUUUUGGACGUUAGAGAAGUAAAUUUUGAUGAAGAAUUUCAGGGAGGAAUGUAUCUAAAACUAGAUACUGGACCCAUCGUUGAACGAUGGGUUUUGGCAUUAUUACUUGCAAAUAUAUAUAA